AUGCGUCCAGAAAUUGAACAAGAGCUCUCCCAUGUGUUGCUCACCGAGCUUUUAGCUUUCCAAUUCGCCUCUCCAGUCCGCUGGAUCGAGACCCAGGAUGUGUUCUUGAAGGACAACAACACCGAGAGGGUGGUGGAAAUCGGACCUUCCCCAACUCUCGCCGGUAUGGCCUCCCGUACUAUCAAGGCCAAGUACGAGUCCUACGAUGCCGCUUUGUCCCUCCAGCGUCUGGUCUUGUGCUACGCCAAGGACGCCAAAGAAAUCUACUACACCCCAGAUCCAGUUGAGGUUGAGGCUCCAAAGGAGGAGGCCGCUCCAGCUGCUGUCCCUACCACCUCUGCCCUUACCCCAGCUGCUGCUCCAGUCGCCGCUGCUCCAGCGGCUGCAGCUGCCGAGAUUCCAGACGAACCGGUCAAGGCCUCCCUUUUAAUCCAUGUCCUCGUUGCCCAGAAGCUCAAGAAGCCGCUCGACUCCGUCCCAAUGUCGAAGCCUAUUAAGGACCUUGUCGGUGGUAAGUCUACGGUCCAGAACGAAAUUCUCGGUGACUUGGGUAAGGAAUUCGGUUCCACCCCAGAGAAGCCAGAAGACACUCCGCUCGAGGAGCUCGCUGAGCAGUUCCAGGACACCUUCAACGGCCAGUUAGGUAAGACCUCGUCUGCACUUGUCGCCCGUUUGAUGUCCUCCAAGAUGCCGGGUGGUUUCUCCGUCACCGUUGCCCGUAAGUACCUUGAGUCUCGGUACGGGUUGGGUGCCGGAAGACAGGACUCUACGCUCCUUGUGGCGCUCACCAUGGAACCAGCUGCCCGUUUGGGCGGUGAAGGUGACGCAAAGACCUUCUUGGAUACCGUUGCUGCCAAAUACGCCGCUGUUGCCGGGGUCUCCCUCUCCUCCGGUGGUGCUGGGGCCGCCGGUGCCGCAGCCUCCGGUGGUGCUGUCGUCGACUCUGCCGCCUUGGACGCUGUCACCAAGCAGCAAAAUGCGUUGGCUAGACAACAGUUGGAAGUUCUUGCCAGAUACUUGAAGAUUGAUUUGAUGAAGGGUGAAACCUCGUAUCUCAAGGAAAAAGAGGCCUCCCAGGUCUUGCAGUCCGAGCUCGACUUGUGGAAUGCCGAGCACGGUGAUUUCUACGCCUCUGGAAUUAAGCCAACUUUCUCUGCCGCCAAGGCCAGAGUCUACGAUUCCUACUGGAACUGGGCCCGCCAGGAUGCUCUCUCCAUGUACUUUGACAUCAUUUUCGGUCGUCUUUCCUCUGUCGACCGUGAGACCGUGUCUCAGUGCAUCCAGCUUAUGAACAGAGCCAACCCAACCUUGAUCAAGUUCAUGCAGUACCACAUCGACCACUGUCCUACCGAGCGCGGUGAAACCUACCAGCUCGCCAAGAAGCUUGGCCAGCAGUUGAUUGACAACUGUAAGCAGACCGUCGGAUCCGACCCAGUCUACAAGGAGGUCGGCUACCCAACCGCGCCAAAGACCUCCAUCGACAAAAAGGGUAACAUGUCCUACGAGGAGGUGCCACGUUCACACGUCCGCAAGCUCGAGGAAUAUGUCUCCGAGAUGGCCCAGGGCGGUGAGCUCACCAAGCAAGUCGAGCCAACCAUCCAGGAGGAUCUUGCCAGAGUCUACAAGGCCAUUGGCAAGACCGCCGACUCCACCACCAAAUUGGAGUUGUCACAGUUGUACACCCAGCUCAUCUCCGUCAUCGAGAAGAGCGAGCUUGACGUCAAGCAGGCCACCAAGACUGUCUUAGAGCACUCUGACUCUGACACCGAGACCCCAUCUCCAGAGGACGACGCUGACGAAAUCGCGUCCUUGGCCUCUUACUCCCGUGUCGAGAAGCCAGUCUCCUCCACCAUUCCUCCAGAGACCGUGCCAUUCCUCCACACCAGAACCAAGGACGCCUCUGGUGCCUGGAACUACGACCGUGAGUCUUCUGCCUCGUUCUUGGACGGCUUGGAGAAGGGUGCUGUUAAUGGGUUCACCUACAAGGGCAAGUCUGUGCUCAUCACCGGUGCCGGUGCUGGCUCUAUCGGUGCCGAGGUCUUGCAGGGUUUGCUCGCCGGUGGUGCCCAGGUCAUUGUCACCACGUCUCGUUUCUCUAAGAAGGUCACCGAGUACUACCAGGCCAUGUACUCCCGCUUCGGCUCCGCCGGCUCCUCCCUUGUUGUCGUUCCAUUCAACCAGGGUUCCAAGCAGGACACCGAGGCGUUGAUCGACUAUAUCUACGACACCAAGAACGGUCUCGGCUGGGACUUGGACGCUGUGAUUCCAUUUGCUGCCAUUCCGGAGCAGGGAAUCGAGAUUGAUGGGAUCGAUUCCAAGUCUGAGUUGGCCCACAGAAUUAUGUUGACCAACCUCUUGAGACUCUUAGGUUGCAUCAAGAAGAGAAAGACCACCGAGACCAGACCAGCUCAGGUCAUUCUCCCACUUUCGCCAAACCACGGUACCUUUGGUUCCGACGGUUUGUACUCCGAGUCCAAGCUUGGAUUGGAGACCUUGUUCAACAGAUGGCACUCUGAAUCCUGGUCUGCCCAGUUGACUAUCUGUGGUGCGAUCAUCGGCUGGACUCGUGGUACCGGUUUGAUGUCCGGUAACAACUCUAUCGCCGAGGGCGUUGAGAAGUACGGUGUCCGUACCUUCUCCCAGAAGGAAAUGGCCUUCAACUUACUCGGGUUGUUGACUCCAGAAGUUCUGCAGAUGUGCCAGAACGCUCCAGUCAUGGCCGACUUGAACGGUGGUUUGCAGUACAUCGAGAACCUCCGCGACGUCACCAAUAGCUUGAGAUCCGACUUGAUGUCCACCUCUGAGAUUAGACGUGCCGUUUCCGUUGAGACCGCCUUGGAACACAAAUGUGUCAACGGUGCUGAUGCCGAUGCGCCAUUUGCCAAGGUUGAAGUCCAGGCUCGUGCCAACAUGAAGUUCGACUUCCCAACCCUCAAGAGCUACAGUGAAAUCAAGGCCAUGGCCCCAGAACUUGAAGGGAUGUUAGAUCUUGAACGUGUUAUCGUUGUGACUGGUUUCUCCGAAGUUGGUCCAUGGGGUAACGCCCGUACCAGAUGGGAGAUGGAAGCCUUUGGCGAGUUCUCUCUCGAAGGUGCCAUCGAAAUGGCCUGGAUCAUGGGCUUGAUCAAGUACCACAACGGUAACUUGAAGGGAAAACAGUAUGCCGGUUGGGUGGAUGCUAAGUCUAACGAGCCAGUGGAUGACAAGGACAUCAAGAAGCGCUAUGAGGAGACCAUCUUGGAUCACACUGGUAUCCGUUUGAUCGAGCCAGAGUUGUUCAACAGCUACGACCCUAACAAGAAGCAGUUAAUCCAGGAGAUUGUCAUCGAGCAUGACUUGGAAGCCUUCGAAUCCUCCAAGGAGACCGCCCAGCACUUCAAGCUCGAACACGGUGAAAAGUGUGAGAUCUUUGAGAUCCCCGAAACCGGCGAGUACACCGUCAAGCUUCUCAAGGGUGCCACCUUGUACGUGCCAAAGGCCUUGAGAUUUGACCGUCUUGUUGCUGGCCAGAUCCCAACUGGCUGGAACGCUGCCCGUUACGGUAUCUCCGAAGACACCAUCAACCAAGUCGAUCCAAUCACCUUGUACGUCUUGGUAUCUACCGUUGAAGCUCUCUUGAGUGCCGGUGUCACCGACCCAUACGAGUUUUACAAGUAUGUCCACGUUUCCGAGGUCGGAAACUGUUCCGGCUCCGGUAUGGGUGGUGUUUCUGCCCUCCGUGGUAUGUUUAAGGACCGUUUUGCUGAUCGUGAGGUCCAGAACGAUAUUCUCCAGGAGUCGUUCAUCAAUACUAUGUCUGCUUGGGUUAACAUGUUGUUGUUGUCGGCAUCCGGCCCUAUCAAGACUCCAGUCGGUGCUUGUGCUACCUCCGUCGAAUCUCUUGACAUCGGUAUGGAAACCAUUCUUUCCGGCAAGGCCAAGAUCUGUAUUGUCGGUGGUUAUGAUGAUUUCCAGGAGGAGGGCUCUUACGAGUUUGCCAAUAUGAACGCUACUUCUAACUCCCUCGAAGAGUUCGAGAAGGGUAGAACUCCAGCCGAGAUGUCCAGACCGGCCACCACCUCCCGCUCCGGUUUUAUGGAGGCCCAGGGUGCGGGUAUCCAGGUUAUCAUGUCCGCUGAGUUGGCCAUCAAGAUGGGUGUUCCAAUCUACGGUAUUUUGGCCAUGACUGCCACCGCUACCGACAAGAUCGGCCGUUCUGUCCCAGCUCCAGGUAAGGGUAUUUUGACUACUGCCCGCGAACACCACGGUGACUUGAAGUACCCAUCUUCCAUGAUGAACAUCAAGUACAGGGCCAGACAGUUGAAGAAGGCCAUCAGCCAGAUCAAGCAAUGGCACGAGGAUGAGCUCGAAGCGUUGGCUGACGAUUUGGAAUACGCCAAGGCUGAGUUUGGUGCUGGCUUCUCUGAGGCUGAGUACUUCCAGGAGAAGACCGAGGAGAUUGAGCGCGAGUCUAAGAAGCAGAUCAAGGCGGCCCAAAGGCUCUGGGGUAAUGAGUUUUACAAGAACGACCCAAGAAUCGCCCCUCUUCGCGGGGCUUUGGCCACCUUCAAUUUGACCAUCGAUGACCUUGGUGUGGCUUCCUUCCACGGUACCUCCACCAAGGCCAAUGACAAGAACGAAACCGCCACCGUCAACAAGAUGAUGCAGCACUUGGGUAGAACUGAGGGUAACGCUGUCUUUGGUGUGUUCCAGAAAUACCUUACUGGUCAUCCAAAGGGUGCUGCUGGUGCCUGGAUGAUGAACGGUGUCUUGCAGAUCUUGAACUCUGGUAUUGUUCCAGGUAACAGAAACGCUGACAACAUCGACCACAUUUUGGAGGAGUUCAAACACGUUUUGUUCCCAUCCAGAUCUAUUCAGACCGAUGGUAUCAAGGCUGCUUCCGUCACUUCCUUCGGUUUCGGCCAGAAGGGCGCCCAGGCCGUUGCCAUCCACGCUGACUAUCUUUACGCUGUCUUGGAUUCGGCCACCUACGCCGAGUAUGUCACCAAGGUUACUGCUAGACAGAAGCGUGCUUAUAGAUACCAGCACAACGCCAUUAUCCGUAACACCAUAUUUGUUGCCAAGGAACAUGCUCCUUAUGCCGAUGAGUUGGAACAACCAGUCUACUUGGACCCACUUGUCAGAGCUGCCGGAUCUUCUGAGUUGACCUUUUCUAAUAAGGCCAUCCAGGGUAAGGCUUACGUGUCUAACAACGCUGACAAGACCGCCAAGGCUCUUGCUGGGUUGAACAAGUCUGGUAAGGGUGUUGGUGUGGAUGUUGAGUUGCUUUCUGCUCUUAACAUUGACAAUGCAACUUUUAUCGAGAGAAACUUCACCGAGAGCGAAAUUGCUUAUUGUAACAAGGCCGCUUCUCCGCAUGCUUCUUACACCGGUACUUGGUCCGCCAAGGAGGCUGUGUUUAAGGCUUUGGGUGUCAAGAGUGAGGGUGCUGGUGCUUCGUUGAAGGACAUUGAGAUUUUCAGAAACGCCAACGGUGCUCCGGAAGUCAAGUUAGCAGGCGCUGCCGCCAAGGCCGCUUCCUCUGCUGGUGUCAAGAAGGUUAAUGUUUCUAUUUCUCAUGACGAGUUCCAGGCUACUGCUGUUGCUUUGAGCGAGUAUUAG